AUAAAGGUGGUGAUUUAGAACACAAGCACGCCAUGAUUUAAAUUUAAGAUAGUAGUAAAGGCACGCGUACUAUGCACUAUUAAUGUGACGGCUUUAUAUAAACUAGAGGAUUGGCACGUCCGAAGCAGCCGCUGUGAUUAUUCUAAAAUGUCAUUUGGUCCUAAAGCGAAGGAUUGCAAGGUGUAGGCUCAUAGAACGCACAGGCGCUACUUCACACGAUGACAUCAGCAACGGAAGAAAUAGAACGCUCGCUCGGCGGGACGUGGCUUCUAGAGCGUAGUGAAAACGUGACGGAAUAUCUGACUGAACUGGACAGGAGUCGGAAACUAUGUAAGGCGUUCGAUGACUGAAGUUGAGUCAACGCAGACGAUAAGCGUAUUCGGUGACGUCAUACGUCUAGAGAUGAAGUGCGGUGACAAACAACACGUAAAACUUGAAUUCCGAUUGAACGAAGAAUUUCAGAUAGAUGCCGGACAACCUAGUUUGGCAAGGGCCUGUUGGGAGCACGGCGCCCUUGUGCUGACGGUGCGACGUCUGGGCUGUCGUCGCCUCCAGGUGAUAGAACGGCGCCUGGUAGGCGACAGGCUGGUGCAGACGAUGAGAUGUAACAAUGUCACGUGCACACGUGUAAUGAGGAGAAUGCAGACCACGUGAACAAGAAGUGACAUCACUUAUCAGAUCAUAUAGACAUGCUGUGCAGUUCGUGUACUGAACAUCUGGUGCUUUUCCAGAAAAUUAAUUGUACAUUUGAUGAAAUGAGAGGCAUAAAACGUGACGAUAAUUUAUAUAAUAGAUGUAUAAUAUU